AUGUCGCCUUGUGACGUCCGCCGACGUGGACCUUCUACGCCGCCGUUCUGUCCAACCUCAAUCGAGUGUGAGCCUGUACAGGAAGAUGUGCUCAGAGCUCAAACUUCAGCAGCAGCGGGAGCAGCAGCAUCAGCGGGAGCAGCAGCAGCAGCAGCAGGAGCAACAGGAACAGCGGGGAGCAACAGCAGCAGAGGGAGCAGCAGCAGCAGGGGUAGCAGCAGCAGCAAUAGCAACAGCAGCAGCAGCAGCAGCAGCAGCAGGAGCGUGAGCAGCAGCAGCAGCAGCAGCAACAGCAGCAGCAGCGGCAACAACGGGAGCAGCAGCAGCAGCAGCAGUAGUAGCAGCAGCGGGAGCAGCAGCAGCAGGAGCAGCAGCAGCAGCAGCAGCAAGAGCAGCAGCACAAGCAGCAGCAAGAGCAGUAGCACAAGCAGCAGCAGCAACAACGGGAGCGGCAGCAGCAGCAGCAGCAGCAGCAGCAGCAGCAGCAGCAGCAGCAGCAGCGGAAGCAGGAGCAUAAGCAGCAGCAGCGGGAGCAGCAGCAGCAGCAGCAGCGCGAGGAGCAGCAGCAGCAGCAGCACAACGGCGGGGAGCAGCAGCACCAGCGAGAGCAGCAGCAGCAGCGGGAGCAGCAGCAGCAGCUGCAGCAAAAGCAGCAGCAGCAGUAGAUGCAGCAAAAGCAGCAGCAGCAGUAGAUGCAGCAACGGGAGCAGCAACAACAGCAACUGCAGCAGCAACAGCGGUAGCAGCAGCAACAGCGGUAGCAGCAGUAACAGCGAUAGCAGCAACAGCAACAGCAACAGUGGUAGCAGCGGUAGCAGCAGCAGCAGCAACAGCAGCAACAGCGGUAGCAACAGCAGCAGCAAGAGCGGUAGCACCAACAGCGGUAGCAGCGAUAGCAGCAGCAGCAGCAGCAACAGCGACAACCCGCCCAUAUUUGUACUGUCAGCACUCUUUGAAGGCGCUAAGCGUCCCUACAGCCGGGUCCGGCAGUCUCUUGCCAGGGUGUAA